ACCACCACAACAACAACAACACGAGAUCUGCAUUGGAUCACUGGGAGAGUGUUUGAAGGAGAUGGCUUUGGCAAGAGGAAGCUUGAUGUUGCUUUCUUUGGUUGUUGUCUUGUGCAUGAGUGUAGCAGGCUCAGCUUCCGAGUUCAAAGUAGGGUACUACUGGGAGAGCUGUCCUAAAGCUGAGGACAUUGUGAAGGAGGAGCUCUACAAUGCUUUUAAGGCCAAUGCUGGCAUUGGUGCUGACCUCCUUCGGUUGCACUUUCAUGACUGCUUUGUCAGCGGUUGCGAAGCAUCGAUUCUAGUUGAUUCGACACAAGGCAACAUCGCAGAGAAAGAUGCACCACCAAACAAAACCUUCGAGGAUGAAGUAUUUGAUGUGAUUGAUAGUAUCAAGGCACGUCUUGAAGUCGCCUGCAAAGGAACAGUCUCUUGCGCUGAUAUUAUUGCCUUUGCGGCUAGAGACAGUGUUGUGCAGUAUGGAGGCAAGUACUACAAUGUGCCAUCAGGUAGAAAGGAUGGAAUGGUGUCCAUAGCAAAUGAAACAGUGGAUCUUCCUCCUCCAACAUUAAACCUCAAUCAACUCACCGCCAUGUUUGCCAGCAAAGGUUUAAGCCAAGAUGACCUAGUUAUUCUCUCAGGAGCACACACCAUUGGCGUCGCACAUUGUCCUUCUUUUGCAGACAGGCUUUACAACUAUAGUGGAACUCUAAAAGGUGAUCCAAAUUUGGAUGUAGAAUAUGCUAAACAGUUGAAGCAUGAAUGUCCUCAAGGGAACACGGUCAAUGAAGUGGACAUGGAUCCGCAAAGUCCCCUCACCUUCGACUCUAGCUUCUAUGAGGAUGUUGCAACGAACCGCGGUCUCUUCACCUCGGACCAAACCUUGAUGUCAACGUCUACCACUGCUUACAAAGUGUCUCAAUAUGCAAAAUAUCCGGAGUUCUUCAAGAAGGCAUUUGCCGCAUCCAUGGUGAAGAUGGGCCAGAUUGGUGUACUCACAGGAAAACAAGGAACUGUACGAGCUAAUUGUCGAGUUAUCAACUAAUUAAUCUUGAUAAGAUUUCACUAUUCCCUCAUAGGUCAUUUGAUACAAACUUAUAUUAUACAGCUUGGCCAUGAAAGGUAAUUAGUGUGCAUGGUAUGAGAGUUAAUUUGUUUGAUUGUAAUUGUAUGCUUGUAUUUUAAUUUAAUGAUGAAUAAGAAUGCUAUUGUUU